AAUGAUUUAAUUUACACAGUAACUACCAUAACCAGCGUAGAAGAACUGGAGGCGCGUAUGCGUGGAACGAAUUCCGGUAACGGAAUUUCUACUGAUCCUACAGUUACACGCAAUGAAACCCCAAUCAAUAAGCCACAAGGGAGGCCACGUGACAUAAUUCUUCCUAUCCCAAACGAGCAAUGCAUUGCCGGGCAACCUCAAGCAGGAGAGAUAGAAGCUUUCAAAAAGUUAUUAGAACAACUUGGAUCUGGAAACAAACACCAUGCACAGCCUCAGCAGCAUUUAUUACCAACCAAUUUGCAACUGAAUGUGUUGCUUCCGCCCCAAAACCAUACCAGUCCGCUACCUACGGUGAAUAUAAUACAGCCCGGUACUGUGAUGGCACAGCAUAUGGUUAUUAAGAAUGAUGAGUUAAAAAAAAUAAUGCACCCACAAUCAGCUUUUCACCAACAUAACCAAAACAAUGGAGAUAUGAGCAAUGUAUCGCAACCACAACUCUCGACUUUAUCCAUUCUGUUCGGGAAUCAACCUCAGAAGCAUGCGGAGGCAAGGCAUCUCUAUCAGUGCAUAACGCGUGGCGAAGUGUCAAUUCAUUUCUUGGAGCAAGAACUGAACAAUCCAAAUGCAUCACCACAUGCAAAAGAAGUAAUUGCUGCAGUUUUGCGUGAAAUGAAUACCGGAGUGGUUUCCAUUUCUAAUGCCCCACAAAACCAUGCAAUACCAGGGCCUAUUGGAACACAGCCGGAUCAUUCUCCAUUGCAACUAUGUAGCAGUAACGGCACACCCAUUUCCAAUCAAGCUCUAACAAAUUCAUCAACCGAACCAUUGCAACAUCAGCUUUCACAGCAAAUUUCAACUUCUAAUGUUAUUCUUUGUGGUCAAACCGAGCGUAUUUCGCUUUUACCUUCACAUCAACUACCGUUAAACCCUCAAGUUAUGCCGAGCCAACGAGAAUUGCAAUUUCACACGCAAACAAUAAUGCAGAAUGCCAUGCUGAAAAAGAAAAUUGAGGAACAGCAGCAGCAGCAGCAGCAGCAACAAGAUUCGCUAAGGAGGCGUCCAGAAAUUCAGAAGCAACCGCAGCCAAAUAUGUUGUCCGUAUUAAAUGAACUGGAUAUACCACAAAAGAAUGUGCAACAAGUUCCAAACUCUAAUAGCAUGCAACAGCAACAAAUAGCGGGCACACAGCAACAUACUCAUAUUUCGCAUGCUAUGCAACAACAGCAUCAACAAUCACGGCAUAUUCACUCGCCGACGCCGUUGGCAUUCACGCCGACAUCAGUUCUUCGCAAGAUGACUGCCGAAAAAGAUAAUGCAAACACAACAACAACUCACAGUACGGUCAAUACUGUAUUACAACAGCAAAAUAAAUGUCUAGCACAAAAUAGUUUUAUAAAUUGUCAAACUACGCAGCAGAUGCAACAACAGCAACCGAUUACCACACACCCACGAAUGAUACUUGGUGGUACUAAUUCCUCACAGCAACAUCAGCAAAUGAGUGUCGUCAAUAAUCAGUUGCCUACACAAUCUACAGCUCAAGCUGCUCAACAGCAAUCAAUGCAAUCUUCUCGAAACACAUUGGUGCCAAUGAAAUGGCCCUUGCAUUUGGUAAAUCAAAAUAUGACGGCUAUCAAACCAAUGGGGCGUCCAAUUUUAAAAGGCCCAUUGCCGCCACCACCAUCUAGCCAGCAGCAUCAGUCACAACAGCAAAUGCAGCAGCAGAUAUCUCAACUGAUGUUCAAUAAAUUAGAUUUUCAACAAAUGCAACAGCGAUUAAAAAACAAUCAAUCGCAUGUUUUAAGCCAGACUACACCUCCGUUUCCGCAGCACACAAUAGCGCCCCAACAAGCAUCAAGCCAUACCAAUAUAAUAACACAUGUACAACAACAGCAGCAGCAUUUAUAUCAACAUCAACAACGUGCUCUAGCAUUGCAAAGGCAUCAGCAACAACAAGUUCACCUGCAGCAGCAGUUGCAAAAACAGCAGCAACAACAACAUCAGCAGCAACAGUCAAUUGACAACAUGUGUUUGUCAUCAUCUUUGGUAGGUGAAAGUAGUAUUGUAUCAAAUAAUGCUGCAGAUACUGCGGCUGCCGCUGCUGUAAAUAUAAUAAAUUAUCGAGAUGGCUGCUUGUCUCCUACUAGUAAUCAAUUGGCACAGUGGUUUUCGCCUGAAUUACUGGCACAAGCAUCUGCAGGAAAACUGCCACUGCUCAAUAUGAAUCAAACAUUAAGUUUAGAAGAAUUUGAAAAAAAUAUGCAACAUUCCUCAACAACGGUGCACAAUUAAAACCACUGAAAACUCGGCGUAACUAAAUUUAAAUUGCGUCUACCUUGGGAAUCAUUAUUCUAUAUAAAGUUGAUUUGUUUGCUUGGCAUAUUAAAUAAGCUAAAAGUAUCUCUAUACAGCCCUAGCAUUAAACAUGAAAUUCAGCAAACAAGUUCAUUAUGAAUUUUAGUUUUUAUUACGAAAUUAGUAGAAAAUAAAAGUUUUAGUAUAGCGUAUUCACUUGUUAUCUUAAUAUGCUUAUAAAUUAGUAUCUCAAUUGUUGUAAAUGCAUUAUUUAAAUUGAAACAAUUAUACUUUAUAAAAUGUAAAAUAUAUAUAUAAUGAUCUAGAAAAUAG